AUGGUUUUAGAUGCAUGCCUGGCUAGGGGGACUAAGCGCAAAUUCAGCCAGCGGACCCUUUUUCAGCUAAACUUCUGCUCAAGAUCAAAAGUUAAGAUUCAUGCUAUCGAGUUGGAUGAUGCAAGCACUACUGUCAGUCAAAGUGGUCCGAACAACGGUAGUCUCUGUGUUACAAAUCGUAAAUCAGAUGAUGUACGAGGCUUUGAAGCAUACACCAACAAUCGAUGUGAAGUGCCCUUAAAUUCAGAAGUUAUGCAAACAUACAGAAUUGGUUCAACAGAAAACCCUGUCACUGAUGACAGAAUCAACUACCGGGUUGACUUGGCUUCACUGCUCCCUGAAAAUGAGAUGUCUACAUAUGAUAUAGAUAAAAAUGUAGAUGACAUAUCUGGGCUAUUUCUUGAAACUUUCAUUGUUGGCCGUAGGUUUGGUGAUGAAGUGGAGUUAACUACAGGGGCAAGCGUGCUUCUCUUGAGAGAUCCUGAUAAUGUCAAGGAUCCAAAUGCUGUCAAGGUUCUUUCUGCAGAUUGUGGAUGCAGCAAAAUGCUUGGUUUUCUACCCCGGGAGUUAGCUCAGUUUCUAUCUCCUUUGAUGGAUAAGUUCUGCUUGACCUUUGAGGGCUCAAUCACUUCUGUUCCAAAACAUGCUUCAGCUGUGGUUCCAAUUCAGAUUGUGUGUCAAGAUAAGCUACGCUGUGGUGAAAGAGAUUGUGACAAUCUUCAUGCACUCGAGCGCUUAUGGAAACAUGCUCUAUGUGUGGCUGAAUCAGCUAAGAAUCAUCCACCUAGCGUUCCAAAAUAUCAGCAGAACUUCAUAGUGUUAAUACAAGAAGUUUUAAGGAGUGAUCCUCAUCUUUUCACAGAUGAUGAAAAAAAUUUCUUGGGAACUUUCACCUCACUUUUAGAGGAUAGUCAGAGGCUUUUUGUGCGGCUUUAUUCCCGGAAAGGGCCAUGGUUUCGGAGGUCUAAUAUUUCCUACCCCGAAGUAUUGGAUUGCGAACAAGCUAUUAAGGACCUCUCUGCGGCAGGCUAUAUUUCUUCCAUUGAAUCCAUAAAAGAACUACAAAAGAAUGAGUUAAAGGAGGUUCUGAAUGUACUUACCGUUAGUGAACUACGUGAAAUUUUGUGUAUGCUUAAUGAGAAAUGUAGUCGUGGUACGAGAAAGCAAGAUUUUAUUGGUUCGCUUCUUUCAGCUUAUGACAAGGGAUUAUGCCCGCUUCUCCAAAGUAUAGUUUUGAAGAAAACUGGAGCCUGUGUUCAAACGUCUGUAAUGGCCGAGUCCCUUAUUUGGCGUGCUGAGAGGCUUUUCUUUCUGAACGGAGAGCAGGAUCUUUCAGCAUUUUUGCUUGUGGACUUGGGAAUUGUCAAGUAUCCUACUUACAACUGUAUAACCUUAGACCAUAUAUUUUCAGGUCAAAGUGACCUGCUUUCGUAUGAAGAGUCCAUUGAAGUGGCACAAAUUAUGGAUGAAUCUCUUGAUGAAAACAACUCUGAGUUGGCAUUAAGAUGCAUAGAGAUGGCUGACUCCUGCAUCUCCAGUUCUCUGAAGGCAACCUAUCCAUCAACUUCCCCAUUAAAGAUUCCAUUUUUAUCAUGCUUUUCUGCUUUGUGGGUCUACUCUAAGGUGGUUAUGUUAGGUGUUUCCUUUCUUGAGCAUGCGCAAAGGUAUAAUGAUGCUAUAAAUUUACUCCGGAGGUUGCUUAAUAAUUUUACUUCUGAUCGAAGAAGAGGAUAUUGGACUCUCAGGCUGUCAAUUGAUUUGGAGCAUGUGGGCCGUCUUGAUGAGAGUCUUUCGGUUGCUGAAGAUGGGAUACUAGAUCCAUGGGUUCGUGCUGGUUCUAGAGUUGCACUGCAAAUGCGGGUUCUGCGCUUGGGGAAACCUCCAAGACGCUGGAAAACUCCUAGUUAUUCAGACUCUGUCAAGCGGAAGAUUGCUGAGGUUCAUGUUCAAGGUAGACCAUUGAACUGUGAAACAGGGAUGAAGAGUAUAUUUUAUGGUCAAGAUGGAGAACAAUGUGGAGUAGAGCAGCUUGCUUUGCAGUAUUAUUCUGGAGAAGGCGGUGGCUGGCAUGGUGUUCACACAGAGAGUGGCAUUUGGUUAACUAUUUUUGGUCUGCUGAUGUGGGAAAUUAUUUUUGCUGAUGUACCAAAUGUCUUUCGCACCAGAUUUCAGAUGGUGCAUAACUUCGCCAUGCACGUAUGUGCUGGGUUGUACUUGUAUGUUACCUUCUGUGGAUGCACAUUGGGUUGCAUGCCUAUGGAGACAUGGUACUGUGCUUCAACAUUGACAAAUAUUUACUUGCUAUCCCAAGUCUGGGCUGCCCUCUUUUUCCGGAGCAUAACUUUCCUUUUGCAGACUGCCCCCUUGGAUAUGGAGACCGACGGCUUUUAUGAAGCCAGAAAGAGCCUUACAGAACCUCUCCUACAAAAGAUUCAUGAUGGCAUGGCUGAGGAGAUCCUCAUAACUUCAUGGGGAUUACAUGAAGGAACAGCAUGUAGGGGAGUCAAUUGGGAGAAGCAUUCCCUGUCUGAGCUUCGUGCAGCUGUUACAUGCAUUGGGGGACCUUGUCUGGCCUCAUUGUGCCGGCACUUGGCACAAGAUUAUCGGAGCUGGUCUAGUGGGAUGCCUGAUUUACUGCUAUGGCGCUUCCAUGGAGAUUAUAGAGGUGAAGCCAAGCUUGUUGAAGUUAAAGGCCCCAGGGAUCGGCUUUCUGAGCAGCAGCGUGCGUGGCUACUGUUUCUAAUGGAUUGUGGCUUUAAUACAGAGGUUUGCAAAGUGACUCCGGCACCAGUUUCUAUCUGAAAUCAUGUAGCUUUGCUGCAAAGGACUUCUGAUGUAGUUUACAGCAUCAAUUUGUUUGGAGGAUAUGAGAGAAGUUUGGCAGGCAAAUUCUACGCAAGGAGAAUAAUUCCAAACCAAAUCAAGCUGUCUACCUUUCUGGUGAUCACAUGGAUCAUGAGUAAAUUUGCAGAGCAGGAACUCCCUGCCCAACUCUAUGUUGCAGUAUAUAUCUCUUGGAAGCUAAUACUUGGACUCUGUUUCGGUGCAAGUUCUUCCUGGGCCGAAAGCUCCAGUAAAUUUACCUGUCACAGAUGCUAAAGAUGGGUGUUAACAAUGACGGGGCUCGUAAUGGCAUUGAAGGUUCAAUGCUAGUUUUCUUUGGAUUUCAUUUCUCACCCAUUGUUAUACGACGACUUCAAUUUGUUGGGGUAAGUAAUUGUUGAAUCAUGACAGAACAAAUAUUUGUUCUUCAUUGACUUCCUUUUUUUUUACUGAAAAGUAAAAACUAGUUAUUAGCUUUUUAGAAAAUUAUCUUCGUAUUGUAGGGAAAAACUCUUUAUCUUGUCAAGGUUUUGUCUUCUUGAGGUCAAGGGUUCAAGUCUAUUCUCCCUCACCCCGAAAAAAAAAAAGUGUUGGUAGAUUUGGAUCGGUAUCAUUAUUAGUUUCUCGUUCACUAAUUUGUCUUUCCCUAUUUCAUGGAAGCCUGUUGUUACUUUUAGUAGUAAACAUGGUUCCAAGGCUAACUAUGAAGUCACUACGAGAGAGUUAUGCACUACUUAUGCUUCUUAUUCUUGUGAACGGUAAAGGCUAGCUGUGUUGGUUGGGUUUGGAUGUUGGUUAAGUCAUAUU